GAGCGAGCAAGCGAGCGAGCGCGCGAGAGUCUCUCUGCAUAUGCAGUGCGGGGACAGCUAGCCCUAGAAGAAGGAGAGGAGGCAGAAAAAGAAGAACUACCGAGCCGAGCGAGAGUGACUUUGCCCUCUCCUUCAGGUCUCUGGCUCCGCAAGAGUCGCCGCCUCUGACUGAGGGGGUCUCGAGUGGACUCUGCUGCUUGCUGCUACUGCGUGUGGCGCGGUGGUUGCUUCGCGAGUGGGUUGCCUCAGGUUACGGCUGCUCUCUUUUGGGGCUGGCUUUUGCAGUCGGGUGCUGCUGUUGCUCUCCGUCGCUGCCGCCGCUUUCCCGCGUUCGCAAGAAGACACCAGUAGCAGCAGCAGCAGCAGCCGCCGCCAGCCUCGCAGCCGCCCCCCCCGCCCCUCCGCCCCCCCCCCCCGCUCGCGUUCACCUUGUUUCUCUCAUGAGCGAAGCGAGACGUGCCGUAGCGGCAGAGGCAGCGGAGGAGCUUUCCUUCCCCGGGGUUUAUGAAUGGCCCUGACAUGGAGGAAAUACCGUUUCAGAAAGUCAAGAAGAGCAAGAAGACGAGGAAGAAGAAGUGCUGCCGCUAUUGCUGCUGCUCCUCCUCUGCCGGGCCGCCGGCGGCCGCGCCACCGCCGCCACCACCACCGGCCGCCAGCAGUAGCGGCAGCACCUCCGGAGCGGCGGCGGCGGCGGCGGCGGGAGCCGUCGGUGGUGGCGGCGGCGGCGGCGUGGUCGUCGGAGGAGGUCCCCCGUCGCGGCGGCGGCUGCUGGACUCCGUCGCCUGCGAGGACCAAUUCGAUUGCAAGGAGCUAGAGUCGCUCUUCCAGAACUACAACCUGAAGCUGGAGCAGACGUCGACGCUCAAGGCGCUGGCCGUGCUCAUCGUGCUGACGGCCAGCCUGGCGCUGGUGGAGCUGCUGUCGGGCCCCAGCUUGACCAUCUCCAAGGGCUCCCACCCGGUGCACUGCAUCAUCUUCCUCUCCCUCUUCAUCGUCACCAACGUCAAGUAUCUGCAGGUCACCCAGCUGCAGCAGAUCGUCAAGCUCACCUUGCUGUUUAGCUUCACCUUCGCUUUCCUCUGCUGCCCCUUUUCGCUGGGCGCCUACGGCAUGGAGCCCCCCAGCGCCCCCGAGCAAGGCAUGUGGCAGCUCAUUUUGGUCACCUUCGUCUCCUACUCCCUCCUGCCCGUCCGCACCCUCUUGGCCAUCGUCUUCGGCUUGAUGGUGGCCGUCUCGCAUCUCAUCGUCGCCGCCACUUCGGUCAGUGCCAAGAGGCAACCCCUCUGGAGGACGCUUGUGGCCAAUGCUAUCCUUUUUGUCAGUGUAAAUUUGUAUGGGGUCUUUGUGAGGAUUUUGACAGAGAGGGCACAGAGGAAAGCUUUCCUUCAGGCCAGGAACUGCAUAGAGGACAGGCUGAAACUGGAGGAUGAAAAUGAAAAACAGGAGAGACUCCUGAUGAGCCUUUUGCCCAGGAACGUUGCCAUGGAAAUGAAGGAAGAUUUCCUGAAGCCACCUGAAAGGAUUUUCCAUAAGAUUUACAUUCAGAGGCAUGACAAUGUUAGCAUACUGUUUGCAGACAUUGUGGGGUUCACCAGCUUGGCAUCACAAUGCACUGCACAAGAACUGGUGAAGCUUCUGAAUGAACUCUUUGGGAAGUUUGAUGAAUUAGCUACGGAAAACCAUUGCCGAAGAAUAAAAAUCCUAGGGGACUGUUACUACUGUGUAUCAGGACUGACCCAACCCAAAACAGAUCAUGCCCACUGCUGUGUUGAAAUGGGAUUGGAUAUGAUUGACACCAUCACAUCUGUAGCUGAAGCCACUGAAGUAGAUCUCAAUAUGAGGGUUGGCCUGCACACAGGAAGGGUGCUUUGUGGUGUCCUGGGUCUUCGCAAAUGGCAAUAUGAUGUUUGGUCAAAUGAUGUGACUCUUGCUAAUGUAAUGGAGGCUGGAGGAUUGCCUGGGAAAGUGCAUAUAACAAAGACCACCUUAGAGUGCCUAAAUGGUGACUACGAGGUAGAACCAGGGUAUGGCCAUGAAAGGAACAGUUUCUUGAAGAAGCAUAAUAUUGAAACCUUUUUCAUUGUGCCAUCUCACCGGAGGAAGAUAUUUCCAGGGCUUAUUCUCUCAGAUAUAAAGCCUGCCAAAAGAAUGAAGUUCAAGACUGUCUGUUACCUGCUGGUCCAACUCAUGCAUUGUCGUAAAAUGUUUAAAGCCGAGAUCCCUUUCUCCAAUGUCAUGACUUGCGAAGAUGAUGACAAGAGAAGGGCAUUAAGGACAGCCUCUGAAAAACUCAGGAAUCGUUCCUCUUUUUCUACAAAUGUUGUAUACAACACUCCCGGAACUCGAGUGAACCGAUACAUCAGCCGUUUAAUAGAGGCCCGGCAAACUGAGUCGGAGAUGGCAGACCUAAAUUUUUUUACCCUGAAGUAUAAACAGAUUGAACGUGAGCAAAAAUAUCACCAGCUUCAGGAUGAAUAUUUUACCAGUGCUGUAGUCUUGUCACUGAUUCUAGCUGCCUUAUUUGGCCUUGUCUACCUUUUAAUAAUCCCACAGAGUACCGUAGUCCUUGUCCUCCUGGUGUUCUGCAUAUGCUUUCUAGUGGCGUGUAUCAUGUAUCUACAUGUCACUCGAGUACAAUGUUUUCCAGGGUGCCUGACAAUACAAAUUCGAACCAUUUUGUGUGUUUUUAUUGUUAUCUUAAUUUACUCAGUGGCACAAGGCUGUGUGGUUGGUUGUAUGCCUUGGGUCUGGAGUACUAAUUCCAGCAGUUCCAUAGUUAUCAUUUCUCCUGGUGGGACAAAUAAGACAAUGAGUGAGCUUCCAUGUGAUGCAGCCCAUUAUGCAUUUCUCUCCUGCGUUGUGGGGACUCUGACCCUGGCAAUAUUUUUACGCGUAUCUUCCUUGCCAAAAAUGAUCCUCCUGCUUUUUGUUACAAUUUUGUACAUAGUCAUUUUGGAACUCAGCGGAUACCGAAAAGCAAUUGGGGGUGGCUCCUUUUAUAUUCGUGGCUAUGAACCCAUAUUAGCAAUCUUGCUGUUUUCCUGUGCUUUGGCACUUCAUUCCAGGCAGGUGGAUUUGAAGCUACGUCUGGACUACCUCUGGGCUGUGCAGGCAGAAGAAGAGAGAGAUGAUAUGGAGAGAGUGAAGCUGGAUAACAAGAGAAUUCUCUUCAAUCUAUUGCCAGCACAUGUUGCGCAGCAUUUUCUUAUGUCUAAUCCAAGGAACAUGGACCUGUAUUACCAGUCAUAUUCACAAGUGGGAGUGAUGUUUGCUUCCAUCCCAAAUUUCAAUGAUUUCUACAUUGAACUGGAUGGCAAUAACAUGGGAGUGGAGUGUUUACGCCUGUUAAAUGAAAUUAUUGCAGAUUUUGAUGAGCUUAUGGACAAAGAAUAUUAUAAAGACAUUGAAAAAAUCAAGACGAUUGGCAGCACAUAUAUGGCAGCUGUAGGACUUGUACCAACUACAGGUACCAAGGCAAAGAAAUCGAUUUAUUCCCAUCUCAGUACACUGGCUGAUUUCGCAAUAGAAAUGUUUGAUGUUCUUGAUGAAAUCAACUAUCAGUCUUACAAUGAUUUUGUUCUCCGGGUUGGUAUUAAUGUAGGCCCUGUAGUGGCAGGUGUUAUUGGAGCCAGAAGACCACAAUAUGAUAUCUGGGGUAACACUGUAAAUGUUGCUAGCAGAAUGGAUAGUACUGGUGUGCAAGGUAAAAUUCAGGUUACAGAAGAAGUCCAGCGAAUAUUGAAGAGAUGCAAUUAUGAGUUUGUAUGUCGGGGUAAAGUCAGUGUCAAAGGCAAAGGCGAAAUGUUGACCUAUUUUCUUGAAGGAAAGACUAAUGGAAAUAAUUCACAAACGCGAUCUUUAAAUUUAGACCGAAAAAUGUACCCUUAUGGGCGAGCAAACAUUCAGACCAAACUGGGCACAAGUUGUCCAUCCAUGUCCUCAUCCCCCAGUCUUUCAGCAAAUGCUGGAGCAGGAACACUUCAAGCGCCGUCAACCCACACCAAUUUGACGCUCCAUUACCUUCCUUCUGUGCCAGCCGUAAAGGAGGUAUGAGAGCGAUGGAAAUUUAGGUUGUGCCAUUUGCAGUGAAUGUGGAGUGCAGAGAUUGCUUCAGUUUUCACCAGGAAGCUUAAGCUACAGGAUUUGGUAUCAACCAAGGAUGUCUACAACCCAACCAAAGAGAACUUGGGAACCGCAUAUGUGAACUUGUGGAAUGGAUCAAAUAAGGGCUAACAAUUCUGUUAGGAAAAGUCUACUACUGAUUUUCUGAAGAUAAGAAACAUUUUAUUGGCAAUUUUAAAGGGUAUAUUGGAUAACAGAAAAUGUAAUGCAAGUGAGGCUGAAUAUGUGCAUAUGUGUGUGUCAGAGAUUCACCAGUGAGUUUUGACAAUUCUUGCACUGGUGAUUGUCAACAUUCAUUGGGAAAACUAUACAAACAAUGUUGGCAAUUUUCAAUUUUUGACAUGCACAGUGGCUAUAUAUAUAUAUGCACAUAUCUAAAUAUUUCUAUGUUUGCUCUGUAGAAAUGAUGAAGGUUUAUAUGUAUAGAACAUUUAUUUAUUUAUAUCCUGCAUUGGUAAAGGGGAUGAAUGCUCUUACUAUCAUAUCCAACUUGGUUGCAUCUGAAACAUUGUUUAAGGGAAGCUGUAUAGACUAUAUGGAAUGUACCUGAGGCUAUAACAAGAAUUGUGGAGCCCCUUCCCAGAGCACUUGGAAAAAAGAAAAGUGUCAGCACUUCCUUUAAUGUAGGGAGUAGCAAGUCCUCAAGUAAACAGAUGUAGCUUUAAAAAUUGCUAUGAUUUCAUAUCUUUGAUUGUUUUCCAACUGCACAGAGAUCAGCCUGCAGGUAACUCUCUGAAGAUAAGUUGGAUCUAGUGUAAUAAAUCAGACUCACGAGUGAAGUCCCAUUCACCUGUAUGUCUAGCUAUGUAAGGCUUGCAUUCACGCCGCUGCAGUGUGUGUGUGAGUCCUGCAACCCCAUGGGUUGAUUGUUGCCUAUGCAGGAGGGGAGGACUUAGGCAAUUGGCUCAACCUGUGUGAUUCAAGUAUUCAGAUGUGUAGUGCAGCAGUGUGGGAACAUUCCCCAGAGAAGUGCUUCCUAUGCCACUUGAGGUUAUAUGUGUGAAUGGAGCCUUCAGACAAUUUCUCUGAGGUAAAAUCAAUUUGCCUGUAGACAAAUGCUACAAAAACGGCAAGUGUGCACACGCCAAAAUAAUACUUCUAAGGUAUAAAGAGUUCUGCCUCUUCAACGGGUCAGAUGGUUGACCAUCCACACAGGCUUUUAUUAGAAGCAGCUGAAUUUGCCAACAGACACUGUUUGAUGCCAGUCUUUCAGAACCAGGUUUGCUCUCGGCUUCCAUUUGGAUAUUCUUAUUGGCAAACCUACCAGAAGAUCCACAUUUAAUUUUGUUUGAAGUUCAGUGUUUCACUCUUCUCACAUUUUUUGAUCAGAUAGAUUAAUACAGUAGCAGCACUUGGUUUGCAUAAUGGUGAUUCCAGUAUCUGAAUAGGCAGCAUCCAGACUAGUUAGCAAUGACUAAGUACCACUGAAAUCAGUGAGAGAAGUUAAACAUGGCUAACUUAAAUCCCAUUAAUUUUAAUGAGACGUCGUCAGAACUUAGUUUACCCAAUAUCUUUUAAAUAAUAACAGUGGCCUGUUUGGUGAAAAUGGAAGCCAUACCUUAAAAACAGCAAGAGGUUUGGUGCUGUGUAUGAGAGCGAGAGUGAAUGUGUUCCUGUUGCUUUCCCAUUUUCUGAUGCUGUACAUUUUAUUUCAAGGCUUUGGGUGUAGCCCGCCAGAAAUGUCUUCUCUGUAAGCCCUGUUGAUAGGAAUGGGAGCUUUCCCUUUUAGAGCUUGCACACAUUUCAGGGGGCCUUGUACAGAACUCAUUCCAGUGGAUUGUCUUCUCUGGUGCCUGUGCUUCAUUGGGAUUGCUGUAGGUAGCAGUCUUUAUGUUUCCCAGCAGCAGCUGCAAGGUCAGGGAACCCUGGCCACUACUUCUUUGCUACAAAGGGGCUAGUGUGUGAUUUGCAGGGAAGAAAGGGUGGAGGGUGUGUGCUCUGAAUUCUUCCCCUUUUCCCUGCAGUCUCCACACCUCUGUUGGGGUCCCCAGGUUUCUGCGCCCCCCCCCCCCCAACAUAUUAUGCGGGAAAGUAGCAGGCAGGAAAAGGGUUAAGCAAAUUCCACUGCUGGUUGCUUCUUUCCUGCAGAUCCCUACCCCACUUUGCAGCAGAGAAAUGGUGACUGCUACAUUUGUAAAGUUAAGUAAAGUUGCACUGUCUAGUCGGUGUCAACUCCUGGCGACCACAGAACCAUGUGGUGUUCUUUGGUAGAAUACAGGAGAAGUUUACCAUUGCCAUCUCCCACACAGUAUGAGAUGAUGCCUUUCAGCAUCUCCUAUAUUGCUGAUGCUCGAUAUGUGUUUCCCAUAGUCUGGGAAACAUACCAGAGGAGAUUCGAACCGGCAACCUCUUGCUCACUAGGCUACUUCCCCGCUGCACCAUUAGGUGGCUACCACACAUGUCAUUCAGCCCUUAUGUGAACAGAAUGAAGCACAAGUGCUGAUGACCUGAGUGGUCCUUUUGGAAUCGCUGGGAACUUUCACAGUAGCGCAUAGAGAAUGUCCAGAUGCUUGUUUUGUUUGUGUUCCUUAACUACAUUUGUCUUAAUCUCAAUCAUCAUAUGAACACUUCUAUUAUAUGGCUGCAAAUGUCUUUUCUUUUCUUUUUUUACAAUGAGGAAAUGUCUACUGUUAUGGAUCUGCUUAUCUCAGCAUGAGGCUGUAUAAAAUAUAGGAACCUUUGGUAAUGAAAUGAAUGUGCUGGGAAGAAUUUAGAUUCAAGUGUGAUCGUUAAUUGCCUUUUUAGUAAUUACUAGUAUUGGUAGCAUCUUUACAACUGUAUGCACAGGAAAGAUGGAGGUAACUAUCUGCUAAACCCACUAAAGUUCUACAUAAAGCUAGAGAAUCAUAGAAAGCUUGGUCCAGAGAUCGGUGUCACCAAACAUACUUGAGUGCUGCAAACUAAAGACACAAUCCUACUGUGUUCUUGCUCAUCUCUAUUUCAGGAUGGCUUUUGCAAAACUUCCCAGAGGAUCAUUGGACUUCCCAGAGGACCACUGGAUUGUCCCCUGUGACUGUGUCCUGUGCAGUAAUCACCUUAAUUAUUUUAUUCUUCAGAUGUAUAUGCUGACCCUCAAAGUGGCUUAUGAUAAUAUUGGACUUGAAGCAUAGCUUUCUUUCAACCAAGAGAAAGAUGUUAAUUUAUUUCAAAGCUCUCUGGGGCAUGCAAUUUUUUGCAGAGUGUUGAUAUGAACAUCUCUUGUCAGGAAAAUUGGAGGUUCCAGUGAGCUAGUGGCACAUUUCUGACAUUCUGAUUUAAACUAAAGGUGUGCUAGAUUUGGGGGAGCAAAUAUUUUCAGUGCAAAGAAGAGAUUGUGUUCCUUGAAAUAUUCCCUAUUUCCCCCCUCCAUUCAGAGUGAGAGCUUCACUUGCCUUCCAUGAUGUCACCAAAUAGGGAAAUCUGAUUAGUUAUGUGGUGUUGUGCUUUCAUCAUUAUUCUCUUUCUCUCACAUUUCUGCCCCACCCAAAUCUCCAAAAGGGGGUGUUUUGGAGAAGUUGAAAAUGUUUUGGGGGGGGAAUAACUCCCCUUGUUUUGGCUUAUUCCUAAUUUAAAUUAUUAUUUUCUAUGGAUUUCUUUUUCUAGUUCAAACCCUGAUCUUGGUAUAGCCCCACAGAGAACCAAGUUCUCUCCUACAUUUUAUGUAUGAAAUUCCUAUUUCAUUUAAGGAAGAUCACACAAAUUCAUCAUGAGCGAAUAGCCACCUUAGUUUAUAAUGAAGUCUUGUGUAAACUUCUGACUAUAAACACUGACCUUGAAGGAGCCCAGUCAUUUGGCAAGUUGUCCUUAGGGAUCUGUCAACAGCAAGCACAAUAUUGCACAUCCGUUUGCACAACUUUCUCUUAAUAAGGUAAUAGUAAUAAUUAAAAGUGUUUCACUCUCCAUUGGAGAGUGGUGAGAUAUCAGAGGUCUUGGAAAGAACUAACUGCAAAAUGUUCCUAUGGUACCUUUUUAUCUUUAAUUUUUUUCCCCCUUGUAAGAUUUUAUAUUAUGGAUAGGGAUGUGCACGAAUUGAUUUUUUGAUGCAAUUUGUACUCGAAUCAAAUCACCCCCGAUUUGUUUUGGGUCCAAAUCUGCCCCCCCAUCACCCCAGAUGCGGUUUGUACCCAAAUUUUCUGAAUCGAUUCAGGUUAAAAAGGGGGGGUUCCAAGGACAAAAGAGUGGGGUGGGUGGUAGUGCCCAAUGGGUGGAAGCUACCACCCAAAUUUUGAAGAAACUGAGUAAAGGGGUGAUUUUAAAAAGAUUUUUGAAGUUCACGUGUCUUUAAGCUGUUAAGGCCAUGGUGUAGUGCACAUAGGGUGCCAACAAACCCACUAGCCCAUGGAGCACGGUGUUUUGUUGUUUUCAGUGUUCAUUUUCUACCAGAGAAUCUACUCUCAGAACACCUCAGACAUUGGAAACAAUGAAACCCAGUGCCCCAUGGGCUUGUCAUUCUGGGGGUGGUUGGCACCCUAUGUGCACUACACCACCACCCGCUCUAGGUGACCCUGGUGCCCCACAAGUGGAGUUACAGGGCUGCUGAAAUUCUCCAUUAUUCCGGGGAGAAGCUUAAAGAUGUGCAAACUCCAGGGGAAAAAAAUUAAAGAUCCCCCCUUUCACCAAUUUAUUUGAAAUCUGGGGGGUAGUAGGCACCCAUUGGGGCAUUACCACCUGACCCACUCUUCUGCCCUCAAAACCCAUUUUCUGCCCCAAAUCUGCCACAAAGACAUCCCAACUUAAAAAAAAAGUAAACAUCCCUUUGCCCCAUUUCUUUGAAAUAUGUAUGGUAGUUUCCUUGCACCCAUUGGACACUACCACCCACCACAACCCCUCUGGGCCACCCUGGUGCCCCUCCGGGGAGUUACUAAGCUUAGAGACACGCAAACUUCAAAAAUAUUUUUAAAAUCACCACUUUGCCCAAUUUCUUUGAAAUUGAGUGGUAACUUCCACCCAUUGGGCACUACCACCCACCCGCCCUCUGAAUUUUUCAGGUCCAAAUCUGGGGUGAUUUGUUUUGUCCCUGAAUAUAGGCAAUUGAGUACAGAGGUGAUUUGUUUUCUCUACAAAUCAGCCAGAUUCCGGUACAAAUCAUUUUGUACCCAAAUCGUUUCACACAUCCCUAAUUAUGGACAACAUGCUGAGUUGAAUUAUUAGUUGAUUAUUUGCAAACAUUUCAACAUUUGCAUCAGAAAAGCUGGGCAUAUAAGGAAUUUUAGUGUACUGAGUGCCAAAACCUGCUGCAUGUCAUAGUGGUAUAAAUUUUCAGUAUAUUUGAGUCUUAAAGCAGAUUUUGGAUUUUAAUUUUUUGGCCUUGAUAGCAGUGAUGAGGCCAAAAAAAAAAAAAAAAAAUGGAAACAGUGCAAUACAAAAUAAGUGUAUGCUCUGUGCCAUUUCAAUACCUUCAGGGGCAGUUCACACACUCUCCCUAGAACCUUCUGUGUGUGGUGAUGGAGUGGGCAUGCCCACCCACCUUACAGCAUGUGUGAAAUGUGUGAAAAAUUUGUGUCACAUUUAAGCUCAUCCACAUAUAGGCUCAAUGCUGUGGACUUCUCUUUCCAUUCCGCCCCCUCCCCAGGUUUAGGGGAGAAAAACCUCAUUCCGCUCCCAUUUUUAAUGUAUUUUGUUUAGAUAACAAACACACCCAUACUUGUAGAGCAUCAGAGUUGCAUGCUACUUUGUAUCUAGCGGUCUAUCAGUUUUAUUGUUGUUUGGCCACAGGCCAUUACAACUUAUUUGUAAAUGAUUGGUAUAUAUACAGCAAAACAUUUGGUUAUAUUAGUCUUUGCUUUUCAUGGCAUAUGUUAAUUAAACAAAACAUUAGCAGAUCUGUACACAAAACAAUUACUUACAAAAUACUGAUAAAUACAAAUUAUACAAAAUUUAACCACAAAAUGACAUUAUUCCAAAUAACCAUAUAUGUGGAAGUUAGGGCCUCAUGCAUACCCACCACCACAUGAAGAUCAUCUGCCAGAUGAGUUUGUGAACUGGCCCCAAGAAAUUGAGAAAGAAUCCCAUUAAAUCACUGUCACUCAUUCAAUUGCUUGCUUCUAUAUAGCAUAGGGGCCAAUUCAAACAAGACUUUAAGUGCCUAGAAUCUAUGUGUGGUGGUGUGAGAUCAUUCAUACCUACCUGUCCUGCCUCCAGACCUAAUCAAAUCCAGCCAAUGGACAAACUGGCUAACAUCCUGACUAGCAAAAGUGGAAGCAACUCCCUGCACACAUGCUGUUGUGCCAAACCCCUUCAAGUAGCACUCCCCCCACUCCAGAAACACUCUCUAUUUAUCAGAUAUACGUUGCUGAGGGCCAGCAAUGUGUUUCCAAUCUUGCAGAGUCUCUACGUCUCUCAGCGUGUUUCCAAUCUUGCUUUGGGACUCUAAGGGCUCUGGCGCAACAAGGCUCCAGCACUUCCCCGCAGUCCCUCAAAGUGUGCUCACUUCAGUAGUCAGGAUGUCAGCCAGUGUUUGCAUAAGGGAAUCAAAUCAAAGGUAAAAACAAAUGGUUCAGAGAGGGAAGCUAUUCUCACGACCAGGAGAAAUCGGGCUAAGGGAGCCUAACUCAAUUCCGCCGGGACGUCUCCUGCCACGGGAGCCACGCGACUCCCAGCAGCAAACUGCCAAAGGUACCCUUCCCCUUAAAUGAGGUUAGCGGAGCGAGCGCUUGAUCGUGUGCUGCCAUGUUGCGGCUCCACGCCAUGGCAACACACAAGGAGACCCCCACCAAGAGACUAAAACAAGCCUCCUGGCCCCAGGGAUCUCUCCCGAAUGCCCCUCACACUCACGCGGGGCAUCCUGGAACUUCCGGAGGCCAGCUGGCCCCCGAUCGCCAACACCCCUGCCACUCUGUGACAGAGCCAGCAAUCGUGUGGGCGGCUGAUCUGGCUGCCCAGAGAUGGCUCCCUGCCCAUGUGUGGGGAGAGCAGGAUAAGCCCGCUCUCUCUGUACUAACCCUAAUGGCACUUCACACCAAUUGUGUGAAGCGCCUCAGGGUGUUUUCACUAAACCUGGACUAAACUCAGCCCUAAAAUAUCUCCUACCUUGAACCCAAACUAUAACAGAACCAAUAUUUACACAACAGAAACUGGUUCAAAAUAAGAACGAGAAUCUUCUGAAAGUGUAUGAGAGGCUCUCGCUCUCUCUCUUAACCUCCUUCAACCCGAGAGAGAGAGGUGAAAAAAAACUAGAUUUCCAAGAAAACCAUUGGAGAUAGAGAGGAGCAGAGAGAGACUUCUGGCACUGCUUGUUCUGCAUUUACCAUUUUACCAAGUUUAAACUAGUUAUCUUAGGUGAAAACAAAGAAGAAACGAGUCUAACCAAACUGUGGGCUGAACUGGAAUUUCUAAAUGCGAUGUAUGAAGGAUUUUUUAGUCUGAAAUGGCUGGUUAAAGGAAGCUGAUGAUUUUGAGUGUAAAAAUUCCAAAAACCAAGAAAUCCUUGAUCAAAGAAGGCCUACUAGUGUCUAGUUGUAUCAUUUUAUCAGUGAACAUCUUCUCAGUUAAAAUGAAAAGAAGAAUUGCUGUGCUGAAUAAGACCAAAGUCAAUUCAGCUGCAGAAUUCUGUUUCCAGCAGCAGCCAGUCAGAUAUCUCUGGAAGUUCUCAAGCAUGGCAUCAAAGUGAUCGGCAUCCCCUGUGGAUUUAUUUCCAGCAUCUGGUACUCAGAGAUGCUACUUCUGAAUGAGGAAGUUACAUGCAGCUUUCUAGGGAUGUGCUCGAACCACGGUUUUUGAGAAGCGGUUUGAACCCUUGUCGGGAGUGGGAGCUUUAAGAAAGAGAAAAGCACGUCCAUACCUGCUGGGGCGGUGCUCAGCCCAAGUACCCCUGUGCGGUGCCAACGUGCACUCUUUCUUAAAGCUCCCACGCCCAACCAGGGUUCAAAUUGUGCUGCAACCACAUCCCUACAGCUUUCCUGGCUAAUGACCUUUGAAAGAACUAUCCACCAUGGAUGUGUCUAUUCCUUUAAAAAAAAUUAUCUAAGUUAGUGCUAUCAGAUCAUUGGCACUUCUUGAUAAUUAGAUAUAACUGAACACUUAAGGGUGUGGUAUAUGCAAGUAAAAUAUUGCAUUCUUCAUCAGAAUUAAACAUAGCAUGAACACUUUAUUUAAUUCUGUAAGUAUUUGACAUUAAUCAAUAGGAAAUAUAUCUGAACAAGUUAAAAAUCACUAAAUUGAUUACUGAACCAUUUUAAAAUGUCUAAAUUGGAAAGUUUUUGUGUUUUUUACGUGAGCCUGAAUUAGAACUGAACCCAAACUGCUAAUGGCUCAGUGUCUUUAUUUACAUUGGCCUGAGAAAUAAUCCAGUAUGUUUGGGCUUGAACUGUGCAGUUUUCCCCCCAGAUUGUAUGUGUAUUAACAGCUGUAUAUUUCAGAAUAAUGUCCACUGGCUUUCAGCACCCAAAGUAUGGAUGCCCAGAAGGCCUGGAGGCAAGGCAAACACAUUGCAUGGAAGCCAGGCAGGAGUGAUUCUGCUUUCUCACUGCACCUAGGGUCUACACACUUAAAUCACCAUCUGAACUGGUUUUAAGACAUUAACCCCAGCAUUAGUAAUCUAGAUUCUUUUAUGUUUCUAGUCCUAACCAGAGAACUAUUUAGCCAUAAUGUUCUUUCAAGUGAGAGUUUUAUAUUGCAGUGACAAGCAACUUUUUUUAAUUUGAUAAAACUGUAUUAUAAUGCCUUAUUUAUUUUUAAUCUUGUACAGUAUUAAAAACAUUGGCCUUUCAUGUAUGAUUAGUUAUUAUUAAUUAUUAUUAUUCACUUUAAAGGAUGUAUGAAGUUUUGUAAAUACUUUUAGCUAUGACAGGUUUACUGCAUGUACACUUGUAUAAAAAUGCAAAAAGGCACACUUUUAACAAAUGCUAACGAUUUUUUGUAAACAGAGGUUUUACAUGUGCAUGAAGAUUAUAAACCCUUUGGAAAUGGAUGUCCUUUUGCUUCUCUUCUGCAAUCUACUGCAUGCCACUCAUGCCUGACUUGUUUUUUUAAAAAAAACAAAAACAAAAACAAACAAACCUGAAAGAGUAAGUUACUUUCUAUAUGUUUUUGACAUAUCACUUUUGACACAGAGUUUUUAAGGCACUAGUUGCAUGUGCGUACUGCAAAGCAAAAUCGAAAUUACAAAGCAACGCCACAAGAAAACUUUAACCUAACUAUCAUGUUCUGCCAACCUCCGUGUUGCUAGGUCCACAUUAUAUGGUAUAUGAAAUGUGCUCUCAACAUCUAUGCUACCUUUAUAACAGUACCUUUGGUCAUUAGAAGCAAUAAAUUUAACUCCACAUACUGUAAUAUAUAUAUAAAAGUGAGUGGAAGUAAAUAGUGGUGUAAAAUCAAGUCUACCAAUUCAGUAGGUACUGUUUGAUACCUUGUUUGACUUAACAGUAUAAGUAAAUGUUUGAUUUUUCAGAAGGGGAUGACUCUGUAAAUCCCAAAGUGCCACAGGACAAAAUUGCCCCUGCAGACAUGAACAUAUGAAGCUGCUUAGGCCGAGUCAGAUCAUUGGUCCAUCUGGCACAAUUACUCUGACUGGCAGCAACACUUCUAGGUCUCCAGUAGAGGUAUUUUCCAGCCCUAUUAUCUUAGCUUAACUAGAAAUGCCAGGGACUGAACCUGGGAAAUUAUGCAUGCAAAGCAUGUGGUCUGCCAAUGAGCUAUGGAAAAGUGACACAGUUUACUCUGAAAUGCAUUUACAUAUACUGUAGAAGAGAUCUCAAGGCGGAUGGACCAAGUAGUCAAUUUCAGCAGGUUGUAAGCAGGCAGAACUGCACUGAAGGAUUUGGGGGUGGGGUGGGAUGAAUUUGGUCCAUUAAAGUUACCCAGAUUGUAUUAUUAUGUGGUCAUAAUUGCUAUGUGUUAUUGUAUCUGAGAGAUACACUAUAUGAAGAGAUGGUUUUCAUAUGUUAUAUUGCUGAAUAUGAUUUUUAUUCAAUGGCCUUAUUUCUUUUAUUCUUAUGGUUCCAAAAAUGAACUGUGGUACCAAAAAUAAAAUCCUGAGCUGAAUUGUGGGAUUGUUUUAGUUAAUUAAUUUGCCUUUUCUUUUCUCUGUUUUCUGAGGUUUUCUAAAUCAAGGUUGCUAACUUAAACAUGUUUACUAGAAUGUAAAUCCCACUGGUUUCAGUAGAACUUCUUUUCAAGUAGGCGUGACUUCAGCCCAGGCAUUGCUUCCAAUGAAACCAGUAGCAACACUCUCAUUGAUUGUUCUUCUGCGUCAGAUUUUGGACUGCAUUCAGAUUCCAUUUACUUCAGUGUAAUGGAAACAGAAUGUGAUUUCCUGAUUAACUGGGUUUUGUUUAAUCUCAUUUCCUGCCAGGAGGGGUUUUUGUUUGUUUGUUUUGAGACAAUGUACGUGAAGCACUUUAAACAUACAAAAGUAUUAUAUAAAUUCUAAUGAUGCUAUUUAGUAUUAGUAGUUUUAAAAAAAACCACCCCAAAUUCCAAGCUUGUUUGUACAUUCAAUAAAUGUGCUUUUCACUUUUUUAAAAAAUGCAAGAAGAAAGUGCAAGGCGUACCUAACCUAUGAAAACGACAAUAUCCCGAGUCUCAAACACUCUAGUAUAGUAGAGCAAAUGCAUUAGGAUGUCAGUAAUAUAAUGUGACCAGUAACUGCAGAACAGAAUUGAGGUAAAAAUCCUGUGUGCUCGACAGUGGGUAUAUCUUGUGCAGCCAAGUAGUGUGGACUUGCAAAACUCUAAUGUAUUAUAAUAGGAACUUGAACAUUUAGCUGACUCUGUGCAUCACAGCAUAGUUAUUUUACACUUCAGCUUCUUUUUCCCCCUUUUAUACUUGAGGAUAUAUAUAAACACACACAUGCCAGGAGCCAUCAGAACUAAUCACUCUCUUGCAACAAUUUUUUUUAUCAAUGCAACAAUUAAGAACUUGCCCAUGCUCACAUAGUAAUACCUUUAUUCUUAUAUUGCCACUUAUUUCUCUCUCACUUGGCACUGAGUAUGCAUUCUGGCAACACUGAAUAUUUCCUUCUUCAUCUUCAUGCAGUCUGCUUCCACGCUUCUGACCUCCUUUUCUCUCUUUCCACACUCAUCCCCAUUAAUGCAGCACUCGGUGUACACCAGUUGUGAGACUCUUGUCUUGGAGCUCCCUGGUCAUGUAAUGCCAGCUGAUUCACACCUGCAGGUUAAUGGGCUGCUGCAUGGUGGUCAUUCUGGGCAAAGUCAAAUGCAGUUCCAUCCUGCUUGGAUGGUCUUUGUUGGGACAAAUUUGUCCUGUUCAGUAUAGGCUGCUGCAGAGGAAAGGAUGCAAUGAGGAAGCAGAAGUGACAGAAAAAGCACCAAGAAAAAACACAGAAGGUGGUAAAAAGCUGUGAUAAUGAAUAAAAUGUUUGGUUUAAAAAAUAAAAAUGUAAACGUGGGCAUAUAUUUCAUGUCAGUAGUUGGAAGAGGCAAGAUUUAUUUCAGAAAUCCCAACUCAAGCGAUGCUCACCAACUAAAAAAGUAGAGACUAAGGUCUAGGCAGGGAAGACAUUAUAGCAGCAGUGAAAGCUCAAUUAUGACAGAUGUGGAUAAUUCCACAGACAUCUCCUCUAGAGCAGAAUCACUUUUAGUCAAGAAGCUUCAACUAUGAGUCUGACUAACACUUUCCCAGUAGGUUUAUUCAGGCUCUCUGACAAUGAGCAGUUCCGGAAAGAGUUCAUAGGUGAAAUACGAGAGGUGGAAGGUUGUCUGGGGAGACAGACAGUAGGGAGCGAAGCUCAGCUGGGGUUGGAGAGCCCAGCCUUAGUACAAGAACAUGGGGGAUGGGAGAGAAGAAAGGUCCUGGAGAGAUCUCUGUGGGAAAGACGCCAUCAUGGAAAGACUUUCCCUGCUCUAGCAGCUCCAGAAACAGCUAUAAGGAAAGGUUUGGAAUGAUAUGGGGGAAGAAGAAAGUGGGUCUUCUGAAUCCCAGCCAGUAUGUUCAGGACUGUGGCUUAAGACUCUGCCCUCUCUUCCCAAGCAGCAUAGCAUCAUAUUCUGCAUAAAAUAGUGUUACAGGAAGCAUACAAUGUUCUUGAUUUUUUUUAAAAGCACAAAUCUUCUGUUUGUUUUUACAACUUUAAGAUGAUAGUGAUGAACUAAAGGCUGAUUCCCUAAACUCCAAAGGAAUCUAAUAGUAGGUGCUGUGCCACCUGCCGCACAUAUGUGGAUUUAAACAAAGUACAUGCAGAUGGAGAGUUAAGCCUAUUUAUGCAAAGUGCCUAUAAAGAAUCCAUAAUAAUUAAUAUAAAGAUGAAACAAUCUGACAGGUUCAUUAGGAGGUACUAUAAAAACCUACAGAUCUCUGAAAAGAAUAUUCUUUCUAGAGAUCUGUAAACCAGCAUUUGACUGACAAGUUCUCCAAUAAAUUAAAUUAAAAAUAUAUGUCUAAGAAAUGUAUUACUUUAUCAUGUCACAGACCACUUCUGCUCACUGAGGAUUUUUUCAAACAUGAGACGUUAAGUGGCUCUUGCUUCAGUCAGGUUUGUAAUAGGAAUACAGAACCUACGUUGGUCAGACAUUAACAAGUAGUGUAAAUGAGGCUCAUGUGUGAAAAUGGUCUAUGACUACAUUUCAUAGACCAUACAGAUUAUAUACAGAUUAAACAUGAAAAUGUCAAGGCAAAUAAUCAAGCAGGGAUGCCUUAGUUACAUUGUGGUGGGCAAUGUAUUUAUUUAUUUAUUUAUUUUUGCAACAAAUGAGAAAUCCCUUUUCAACUUCCUCAUAGCCUUCCAGAAGAAAUGUGCCACCAAGCAUUUCCAAAGGAGCCCAUGCUGCAAUCAGAUGGUAUGGGUUGUGUGCAGAGGCAUUUAUACCUGUGGCCUUCUACACAUACUCAAAGAAAUGGUGCCAAUCAAGAACUGAUUUCUUUUUUGUGUGCUGCACCUCAGCACAACGCAAUGUUCAACUAGACAUAUAGCUGUAACUCUACUUUUAAAACAUGCUGUAGUAAUCUGGAGUUCUUUCUGCUAAGGGGUCCACAUGUGGUUGCUGCUACCAUGUGCCCAUGACCUCUCUAACAACAUUUGAAAUGGGGAGACCGUACAGGAGGGGGUGAAUGACAUGACCACUUUCUUCACAAGCACUGUCAGAGGACUGGCACUUUGAGUUUGAGGGAAAGGAUUGUGUCAUUCUUCCCUCCAGGUUUUCUCCCCUCUUAGGCAGUGUUGGACAUGGCAAUAUGGCAGUGGUAAGCAUAAAGUUAAGCUAAGAGCCAGCUGAUCUAACAGUAAAACAUUUGUACAAUGCUUCACUUCAGGCUACAAGGGGGUGGUCUGAAUGUUUGGAUGCUCCCUUGUAUCUAGGGGGAGCCUUCCUACACAUAAAAACCGCAAGUUAGAGAGAAGACAUGCCCAUGCCAAUUCUAACUUCUCUGCUAGGUUUGUAUGUGCAGGGAGCUUUUUUAAGUGAGGAAGCAUGCAGACAUGUAGGUCACCCUACUGGCAGCCUAAAGUGAUCAAGGCCAAGAAAAGCAUUACUACUUGAUUCUGCUCAUAAAUUAGCCCCAAUAAGGUUGACUUACUGAAAAGUAGGAGGGACAAAAAAAACCCUAUACAUAUAUUCUGUUACUGGGCUUCUGUGGCUCAGAGUUUAAUAGGCAUUGGCUCACAUACCGUGCAGGGGAACAUGGGCCACUUAAGCAGUUGUGUGACCCAACUCCCAUUACUCGUGCAACUGCAUGCACAGAACCUUUACCAUAGAGCAGGGUUGCCCUGCGGCACAACCCCACUGGCGGUGCUUACAGGGCUGUGGGCGGUGCUCACGUUGCCCAUGUUCCCUUACACAGUAUAGGAGCCAUUGUGAAUUGGUUUGAUACCCUCAAUUAAAUCACUAAAUGGUUUAGACCCUAAGUUCUAAUUCCUUCAGAAUUCUAAGGAUGAAAAUUGCCAUUUGUUUCACUGAGCUGUGAAUCUGGUCCAUUAUGUUACAAAUAUCCUAAUGGGUAUAAUGUUUGGGGGUUUUUAAAGCUUGAAACCUAAACUAGAUGUAACACACCAUCGUGUGUAUCUUCUCCCUGAUUUUUUUUUAAACAAACAAACAAAAGUGUCUUCAGGAGGCUCCAAGUGGAGGAAUGCUCAAAAUUGCCUACCUGCCCCCAGUUGUUUUUCCACCCACAUGAGGAACACAUCAGGAAAUCACAACUGGUUGUCACAUCUAGUUUGGGCUUUAGAGAAGGGGACUAACUACCACAGCAAAAGUAUCAUAUAUUCUCUUCAGUAAUACAAUAACUUAACACAAUGUUAAACACACUGGGUAACUUGGAAUGAGAAAUUUGCAUAAAUAAUACGGGUCUUUUUUUAUGUAUAUAGAAUAUUGUAGAGUAUCUUCCAGUCUUUUUCAGGAUUGUUGAAUUGAGAAGAGCAAUUGAAUAUUUGUCCUAUUUUUAUGUUGGGGGGGAAAGUGAAUGGACUGAAAUGUUAAACUUGUGAAUGUACAUUUCUUACUGCAACUUUUAUACUGAGUGUUUGCACUGUUAUCAUUUCUGGAAUCUAAUUAAUAAAGGAAACAAUCUGCUUGGGUAAAUAA